AUGUUUGGGACAAUCUCUUACGAUGCAAAGGCCAAGGAGCCCCGCUUUGUGGAAAGCGAAGAACCUGCCGCAAAUAUGCAGAGGUAUAAAAGGGAUAGGACACCGCAUGUGGCGUGUGAAUACUGUCGAACAAGAAAACUCAAGUGUUCCGGGCAAUUGACGGGCUGUGAAAGAUGUGCAGCUCUGGCCUUAAAAUGCGUUUACCCUCCUACCGCCGAGGGACGCAAGUCAAAAAGGUCGAGUUUAGGAGCCGGGGCUAGCGCUUCCGAGAGUCCAGCAAAGCGAUGGGCCGUCGACGGGGUUAUAAAGCCACAAGACCUUGACAAACGGCGGCACUCGAGCCCGGUGAGGGAGGCAAGGGCUGAGAUUACAGCCCGUGGCAGUUAUCGACAAGAUGAUAUUAUGUCGGACUUCAUGGCUGCAUACGCCGAGCGCAUGAGUAGCAGCUGCGACGACUUCCUGCGCGCUGGAAGUGCCGAAUAUUUCACAAUGAGGGACCUGAACGACAGUCCCAUAUUAGACUGGGAGCUGGAAAGCACGUUCAUGUCACCAUCAGCAAUAUUUUCAGUCGAAGCUGGGGCUAAAUCAGGUCCCAGGGCACAGUCCAGCAACAAUUCAGCUUCAUCGACGCUCCAGGAGACACUUGAUCCACUUCCCGCAGAGAACCCUAACCGCAGCCUGGUGAUACAAGCGCCGCAGCCGGGAGAAUCUUGCAUUUGCAAAAGUAUUGUCAACACUGGCCCGGCAAGUGUUUACAAUACUAACUUUGUCGCAACACCAAGCUCCAUCUCUUCUAGUACGACCAAUGGCUCCACGUCUGUCCGUGUGCCCACAACAGAAUCUGAAAGAAGUUCGACCUUGUCUAGCGGCGAGCGAGACCUGCAACGAGACAAUCAGCAUCAAGAGCAGCCACGAAAGAGCGAUACGGGAGAGCCAGCGGAGAUGGAAGUCGAGAAGCCUUGCAACUGCCUCCGCAAAACGGCAUGUUUACUCGAGCACCUGAGCACUAGUGUCGUAGACGGUGUCGGUAUCCAAGAAAUCGACGUACUACUGUGCUGCUCCCGGCAGGCCUUACGAGGCUGUCAAGCCGUGGCGUGCUGCAACACUUGCUCAACCCGGUCCGAGAUCGUAACCUUGCUGGCCAUGGCGGCGCAGUAUCUUAGCAUGGUCCUGUCCAAGAUGGCUAGUGCCUGCGAGGAGCCCGGCGACACGCUGCCACGCAUAUGCUGCAAGUCAAACGGGAAUAAAGAGGAUGGAGAUGAUGUCAAUUAUGAUGACGGCGAGAGAUGCCGAAAAGCGAACCAGUUUGAUGGGCAGCAGCAGGAACGAAUUGGCAACACCCACGGCACUGCCGACAUGUGGUUCCGGUCUUACAAAAUUGACACGGCUAGGGAGGUGCGGCAGGCAGUCACGGGCCUAGUCAUGGUGCAGCUCAUGGACCUGCGUCAACUGUUAAACGUCCUUAAGGUUCUGUCAGGGACCAAGGUCGCAGCUCUGGGGACCUUGUCCCAGGUCGAGGGGAAGGUUUCGGAGAUCCGUGAGCGGCUCUCCGCUUGCGGAUCCGCACUAUGGGCUAAAGGGAUCAACGCCGAGGGCAGGGAGUAUUUUCUGCAGAAAGUCUGA